AUGGACAAGGCGAAGGUGCACGCGGAGUCCCCUGAAGAAGAAGAGGACCUGGUCGACCCGAUCGACGCCCUGCGCGAAAAGUGCAGAGGCCACUGCUCGGCGCUGGGCGACAAGCUGCAGGAGUGCAACGACCGCGUCAACAGCCGCUCCCAGACCCUGGAGACGUGCACCGAGGAGCUGUUCGAUUUCCUGCACUGCGUCGACCACUGCGCGGCCAAGGAUGUUCAAGGAGCUCAAGUGAACGCUCUCCGGUGUACCCCCGGUGCAAGCGAGUCCUCUAGAAUUCUGAAGCGUAGACUGUUAUUUUGAACGAGUAAAUGCCUUUGUUGAAUUC